CGCAGGUGAAGGUUUCUUUCGGACCCCCCUUCGUCUGGACCCUGUCUUGGGAUGUCCCAGUGGAGUGGACGGGAUUCCCAGGCCCCUCUCCUAUUGGGCUGGCUGAACUGAUCCAGUCUUCCUGAGGCAGGAUGUUCCUGGUGGGCCUGUCAGGGGGCAUAGCCUCAGGAAAGAGCUCAGUAAUUCAGGUGUUCAGGGAUCUGGGCUGUGCUGUGAUCGAUGCGGACAACAUUGCCCACCAGGUGGUGAAGCCAGGUUUUCCUGCCUACUAUCGUAUUGUGCAGGCCUUUGGGCAUGAGAUCCUGCUCGAAAAUGGUGAGAUCAACCGCCAGGCCUUGGGAAGCAUCAUCUUCCACCAGUCUGAAAAACGGAAACUGCUGAAUGCCAUCACCCAUCCAGACAUUCGAAAAGAGAUGUUGAAACAGGUCCUGAAGUACUUGAUUCAGGGGUACCGAUAUGUGAUCUUGGACAUCCCCUUGCUGUUUGAAACCAAAACAAUGUUACGAUUCAUGAAGCAUACAGUGGUGGUAUAUUGUGACCCCCAAACCCAGCUGUCACGGCUGAUGGAACGGAAUGGGCUGAGUCGAGAAGAGGCUGAGGCACGGAUAGCAGCCCAACUGCCCCUGGAAGAGAAGCGCCAACUGGCUCAGCACAUCCUGGACAACUCAGGGGAGUGGGAAGUCACUCGACGUCAGACCCUCCGCCUGCAUUCCCAGCUAGAAGAUUCCCUGGACUUUUUACCAUUGAGGCUUGGCCUGUUUGCUGGCUUUGUCGGCAUCAUAUACCUAUUUUCUCGGCACUUCCUUCUCUAAUAAGGCCCCCAGCCCCUUAAACACUUAACCUCCAGGGCAGACAGCCAAGCUUAAUGAGGCUGAGGCCAAACAAUAGGGUCUUGAACUCUGUCCAGGAGAAGGUUAUGUUCUGUCCUGUCCCUCCCUCUCAUAGACUGUGAGCUCUGUCUCCUCUUCUGUCAGGCAAGCCUGCUUGUUGGACUGAGAAACUGGGAAAAAGGUUGGCACUGUUGUCACAGAAGAGACAACCUUUGGAGGGGGCACUGCCCAUUCCCGAGUUAGGAUCCAAUUUACUAAUGUCUCCUUUUCCUAACUAUGUCCCAUUGGCAUCUUUGAACCUUUGGUAGCACCUAUAGUUCAUGCUUUAGGGUGAUUUUUUUUUAACAAUACAAAAUUUUAAUAUGAAAACACAGGUAAGAACAUUCCUAUGAAGAGGUCUAGGAAAGAGAGGGGGUUACCCAGUGGCCUUUUUAUCUGUCUAAAGGCAUCAUGGCUUCUGAGAGCAGAAAGAUCUUUGAGACCACAGGGCAGAAGAUUCACUUAGUGUUCAUCUUUAAAGAAAGCUUCCUUUCUUCCCUUCUCUCCCCUCAUCUGCAAUCGAAGUGGCUCCUAUGGAGCUCUGGGUAAUUGUAGCUCCCCCCAGGACAAUGUGUACCUUGCCAAGAGCUCAAUAAAUGUCUAUGGAUGAACAA